GCAGGACGGAGGAGUGACUACAGCUUUUUGUGAUGUGUGAGUGCAAUCGCUGCUGAGACUGCAUUCUGUUGCCGGUGGUGGAAACCUCAUGCCAGUGAUUUCUCCUGAGGAUGUCCUAACAUGGCCACCGUAAACCCUAACCUUCCUUUCUUUACCACCUUUAACACGUGAUGUGCAGCUCACUGCCAUUGCUUCAUAAUAUCGGAAGUGACGACUCCCGUUGUUCCUCCCAAGUCAGCUGUUUUGUAAACAAGCAAAAGAGAAAGCCUCCAUUUUAAUUACACAGCAUCAAGAGCAACAUGGGGGGCGUCUUGGGACUCUGCACUGCAGCUAGUUGGAUUCCAUGUCUUUGUGGAAGUGCCCCAUGCCUGCUUUGCGGAUGCUGCCCCAGUGGAAACAACUCAACAGUUACCCGGCUCAUCUAUGCCUUCUUUUUGCUUAUUGGAGUGGCAGUUGCAUGUGUGAUGCUGAUACCUGGAAUGGAGGAGCAACUAAAGAAGAUACCUGGCUUUUGUGAUGAUGGGAUGGGUUCCUCAAUACCAGGAAUUAGUGGUCACGUUAACUGUGAUGUGCUUGUUGGCUACAAGGCUGUGUACAGAGUUUGCUUUGGAAUGGCCAUGUUUUUUCUUCUCUUUUCAUUACUCAUGAUAAAAGUGAAGAGCAGCCAGGAUCCCCGUGCUUCUGUGCAUAAUGGAUUCUGGUUCUUUAAAUUUGCGGCAGCAGUUGGAAUCACUGUUGGAGCAUUUUUUAUUCCUGAAGGCCCCUUCACAACAGUUUGGUUUUAUGUGGGCAUGGGUGGUGCUUUCUGCUUCAUCCUCAUCCAAUUGGUGUUGCUUAUUGAUUUCGCUCAUUCUUGGAAUGAAUCCUGGGUUGAAAAAAUGGAAGAAGGGAACUCAAGGUGCUGGUAUGCAGCUCUACUCUCAGCCACAGGGCUUAACUAUGUUCUGUCACUGGUGGCUAUAGUCCUUUUCUAUGUUUAUUAUACCCACCCUGAAGGUUGUGCAGAAAACAAGGCUUUCAUCAGUGUAAAUAUGCUGCUGUGCAUUGGAGCUUCAAUAAUGUCCGUUCUGCCUAAAAUCCAGGAAUCUCAGCCCAGGUCUGGUUUACUUCAGUCAUCAGUGAUAACUGUAUACACCAUGUAUCUAACUUGGUCAGCAAUGACUAAUGAACCAGACAGAAAAUGCAACCCCAGCUUGCUGAGUAUAAUUGGUUACAAUUCCACAAGCACUCCAGGGCAGGUUAAGGUUGUGCAAUGGUGGGAUGCUCAGGGCAUCGUAGGACUUGUGCUGUUUUUGUUGUGUGUUCUGUAUUCAAGCAUUCGGACUUCCAACAACAGCCAAGUCAACAAACUCACUCUGACCAGUGAUGAAUCAACCCUAAUUGAAGAUGGUGGAAGGAGUGAGGUUUCUAUGGAUGAUUCUGAUAAUGCACACCGAGCAUUGGAUAAUGAAAGGGAUGGAGUUACUUACAGCUAUUCCUUCUUUCACUUCAUGCUUUUUCUGGCAUCACUUUAUAUCAUGAUGACUCUCACCAACUGGUACAGCCCACGUGCACCUUUGAUUGGGUUGAUUAGACGCGAUGGAGAAUCAAAGUGGAACGCAACAUGGCGCUGGAACGCAUCACGGAACCUCAGUCUACACGGAAGCUGAAGUGACGCGUAUCCUGUCACACUUUUCCGGUCCUGCGGAGUUUCUGCAAGUGCCGACAGUCACUAAUACACGGCGGCAACUAGAAACGCUGCGCAAGAGGACGGUGGAUUUGGAACUACACGGGCUGACUUUAGCUGAGUAUCACAAAAAGGCAUGGAUACCACGUGGAUUACGAGUAAGUCUACGUCCUACUCUUUUUGCCAAUAAUACUGGCUAUUGUAAUCAAUUUAAGCAGAUUGUCGAUAGAUGUUCCACUGAUAUCAUGCUAUUGACACUUGAAUAUAUUAAUAAGGAACUUACAGUGGUCCAACAAGAGAUCAGCCAGGUUGAAGCUGAAUUAAAACAAUGCUGCCCACUUGAGGAACUGGAACAGGUGCAUGAACAACUAAUUGCAAAGUUGGAUCGCUAUCGCAAAGAGGGAGAGCGUCAGAAGCGAUCGAAGUUUGAUAGAGAUGCACUUGAUUACCAAAAAGGUUAUGUGUAUGCCUGGUUAACUGAUGUGAGAGAUAAACAUGCUUUUUAUCGUUUUGAAGGAAAACGUCAUGUACAGGGGCCUAGAGGUGAAGACUCCCACUACUCUAAUCAAGAAAGGGCUCAGGGAGCGGAUUUUUUGGCAAAAUCCCCAAAGAAAGGCCAAGGAGACCAUGGAAACGAGGAGGUGUUAAACACAGGAGGCAUGACAAGACGACCGCUACGCGGUUGCAGCAAGAGGACAAUAAGCAAGUAAUUUACAAUAUUUCUUCUAAACGGCUCACACCAGUUGAGGAGUCAGUAUUGUCACUGGGUCUUAAUUUUUGUCCGGAUAGACCUACGGACUUGUUUCAAUUAGAUGUUGAUCUAUACCGCUUUUUUCGUACUUUGAGGCUGAAGGUUCACUUUUUUCAGAAACCACAGGAACAACUGACUUCUAAUGGCGAUAGCCAGUCAUUGGACAUUGAGACUUUUGGUUUAUACGGCAAAAGUGUGUAUGUUCCUCCUACUACAUACGCUGCUGUAGAAACAUAUAUUAAUAACAUCAUGGCAGAAGUUAAAAAUGUUUGUCAGGUGGAGGGUGAUCCUUCAUUUGUGACACAUAAUUUGUCCAAGCAACAGCGUGACGCUUUGAGAGAUCUUUCAUGGAGAACCGAUAUUACGAUUAAGCCCUCUGAUAAGGGGGGCGCAAUUGUGGUAAUGGACACUACACAGUACAUUGCAGAGAUUGAGAGGCAAUUGGCAGAUGGGGAGGUUUAUAAACCAUUAUCCAGUGAUCCCCUGUUGGGCAUUAUACGAAAGAUUAAAACUUUACUGGAUUAUAUGGUUGAUAGGGGAGUGAUCACUGACAAAUUGAGGAAUUAUUUGAUGGUCAGGAACCCAGUCACGCCGACCAUAUAUGUUCUCCCGAAAAUUCAUAAGGACCCAGUGUGUCCACCAGGGAGACCUAUAGUGGCCGGCAUUGACUCGGUUUUUGGCCCAUUAGCUAUAAUGCUCGAUAAAGUACUAAGUCCCUUGAUUCAAGAGGUACCUUCCUAUAUAAGGGAUACUGGACAUUUUCUUCAUAAAUUACAAUCACUAGGAAAUGUGGGGGAGGGUGUAAUUCUGGCCACGUUGGAUGUGGCCAGUCUUUACACGUCUAUACCACAUAGUGAUGGGUUAGAAGCAAGUCAGUGGAUACUGAGGGAAGGAGCGCAGUACUCUGUACAUCAGAUUGAUUUCUUCCUACAGGCUUUGGAGAUCAUAUUAUGUUGUAACUAUUUCACUUUUCGGGAACAGUACUACCUCCAACUACGUGGAACCGCGAUGGGAUCCAACGUCGCCCCGUCAUAUGCCAAUGCCUUUAUGGCAAGGCUUGAACAGCUACACAUUUACCUUGAUGUAGACUUCUCCAGACAUUGUUUGGCCUGGUGGAGAUACAUCGAUGAUGUAUUUGUGUUAUGGCGGGGUGACGUUGACUCCCUACAGCGGUUCCAUGGUAGGAUUAAUGGGGUACAUCCCUCAAUCUCAUUUACGCUGGUCUAUGAUCUCCAAAAAAUCCACUUUCUUGAUGUUCUAGUAUACAAAGAUUUAGAAGGUUCUAUAUGUACUUCUUUAUUCACAAAGCCUACUGAUAGGAAUCAAAUUCUUCAUUUUACCAGUCAGCACCCCCCACAUACGAAGAAAUCAAUCCCCAUUAGCCAACUCUCAAGGGUACAGAGGUUAGUGAGUGAAGGGA